CAGCUGAUGACGUCAUUAGACCUUCACCCACAAUGCAACUUUGUCUCUGUGCAGAGAAAAAAAAGAGAUUGCCGACCAAGAAAUGGCAGGACCUUCUGUAAAACUCAGCCUAGAAUCUCUACAGGAGCACAAAGUGCAAGAAAUUUCUCUCGAUGGAUUGGAAACUUACACAAAACCCCUGUCUAUGUCAGAAAACUUGGCAAAAUUGGCCCACAAGAUAGAUUUUGCUACCCAGUCUGAUGCUGAAACACCACAGAAAGAUACUCAGGACACAGAAGAUAAAGAGGCUACAACUUCAUUCCAGCAGCCUCAAUGGCCAUGGGAGUCAGUGAGGAACAAAGUCAGGGCUGCUUUGACAGAGAUGAGUGUACUGUCAGAUGUUCUUCACAUAGCCAGAUCAGCCAACAAGGAACAACCCUACAUGGUACUGGAUCCAGUAUCAGUAGAAGGAAGCACACCCAAGCAGCAUGCUCUGCAGAUUGUUGAAAAAAAGAAGAGUUUGGAUGCAGCUGCCAGCAUCUUGACCAAUGGAGCUACCCGCAUGCUGCAGUCCAGACGAUUUGGAGGCAGCGCAGAGAAGAAGAAUGCGAAGGAUGAUUUCUUUGGAGAACUCCAUCGACUCAGAAUGCAUUGGAGGCUGAAGAAAAUUGGCAACAACAUUCUAGGAGAUCUUAGCUUCAAGACUGCUGGUUCUCGUUUUUGGCACACGGGCACGUUUGAAGUGGCUAAGUCUACUGACCAGGAGAUAGAGGAGGCUGAACAGAAAGGUAUCCCACCUUGUGCUAUUAGGGUUACCAUACCAUCUGAUCUACAGGGUACUAGCUACAUUCAGGUGCUAAUACAAGAAGGUCAAGCUGAUAUUGCCAGUGCCUUGGUGCAGAAUCCCAGCAGAAGCCAUGUAUCUUCUGAUGCGCACUGGCAGGAGAGAUUAGAAGCUGCUCAGAAUGUUCUCUUCUGUAAGGAACUCUUUGCACAGAUUGCUAGAGAAGCAGUGCAACUAAAAGCACCGGUCCCUCACCUAGUAGUUGGGAAUCAGAUAAUCUCUCACAUCUUUCAUGGUGUUCAACUCUGCAUCACACUUUGUCAUGACACCAAUAUGGACAAAAAGAGAGUUUUACCAUCUAAAACUGAGGCUGCAGUGAAACCAAACCAUAGCCAUGCCCUUGAGCAUUCCCUCCAUCAGUUGCUUCGAGAACUUCAUCGUGGCAACCUGAAUGGAGCUACCCCUAGGCCUAUCACAGCUGUUCACACUGCAGCAGCAAAACGUAGGAGAACUAUGUCUCUUCAGGCUGCAGGGCACAAGGAAAUUGCUCAAAUUCAACAGACGGAAUGUUUACUGGAGAAGAUUAUGAAGCAGGCAAAGCACAUUGUCCUCAGGCACAGGGUUGGUAAUUUACUAGAUGACAUGUCGGGAGAGUAUGAAGAUCCCAGUAUCCAGGCACAUUGGGGAGCUAUGACUCAACCAUUGCAAUCAACAGUCAAAGUUCAUAUGACCUCCAGUGGAUACAUCUAUGAACAACUACUCAGGUCUUCCCUCCACUUAUGUGUAGAGACGGAAAGUAUUCAGGCGGUAAUGAAAGAUGGGCGGGUUGUUAAACUUACACACCAUCUACAAGAACUACGAGAUCUCAUCACAUGUAUGGUCUCACAACAUCAAGUGUUAAUCCUGGCCCAGCUAUGUAAACACAUGAGCAUGCACAUGCUUCAAAAUAACAUUCAAGUUGGGACAGGACCAGCUGCCAAGCUAGGAAGUACCUCAGCACUCAUGUUCACAACACCUAAUGGUCAGAAGACUGUAGCAGUGCGCUCUGAUCCCCUGGAAGGCAUCACCGUGAUGGUUCAGGGGUGCAAGGCAUCGCCCCUUUUACCCCAACCCGAGAUCCUUAGUGAUGUUGUGACUGAUGAAAAGUGGGAGAAUCUACCAAAGGGCUUCCGAGAGGUGGACAUGGCUCGGAUGCCAGGACGAAACUUCAUCCAUAAGAUGGAGAUGCUUCUCGCAACCCUUGCCAAAUGAGACUACACAGUGACAGAAUUGGACUGUAUGAUGUAAUAUGUAAUGAGGGUAACUCCCUAUACACUUGAAUGAACAUGUUUCAUGCAUUGUAUCAUAGGUGCUAGCUCUCGCAGCAGUGCAUGAGCCCCAGUUUGCCCCCAGCCUCUCCAUCCAGCCAGCACUUCUAAGAACAGCUUUUAAGUUUAGUCAGUAGAGAACUCUAGUCAUGUCUGACAUGGAAAGCUGUCUAGCCUGGCCAAUUCCUGUGUAUUGAAUCAAGGGUGAUCAGGUACUUGGACUGCUCUGUGCAUGAGCAAAGAAGAAAUGUAAUAUAUACCUUUCUUAAUACCUUGUUCCCACUGUCAUUCACCGGUUAUGAUUGGCAUUUCGUAGCUGAAGAGGAAAAUUUUUUGACCAUUAGAAUAUUUCUCAACAAUCACGACUGUCACAAUCAAUACAAUUAAUCCAUGAUUUAGACCACGGUUUCAAACAUGCGAAUCAUGAAAGUGGAAACUAGGUAAAAUAGCAUAUUGGAAAGAACAUUUCUUUCAGUUUGAAUAAAAGUGUUUCUUUAAAAGGUUUCACUGUCUUAAGGAUUUAAAGGUUGUGUGGACACAAGGGAAAAGACCCCCUCUUGCCAUGCUAACAAAAUUAAAUCAGUCAGAUUAUAUGGGGGUGUGAUUAAGGUUAGGAACUAUUAUUCCUCUUUUCAUGGUAGUCUUUUGUGAUUCAAAUAUUUUUCACAAAACUCAUCGAAAUUAAAUUGGGCAUUCCCUAAAGAAUUACUGGUAUUCAGUGGCACGUUAGAUAUGUAAUGAUUUCAAUCUCUUCACGUUUGGUAGGUCACAAUCCAAUUAUUUAGAGAUAUUGAUCAGUGCAUGAUGUUUGAUGGCAUAGAAAUGUGCAUUUCCAAAGAGUAAUCAAGGAUUUUCUUAUCACAAGCAUGGGUUCUUAUGUUUCUUACACUUAAAAACUUUAGAGAAUUAUUUUAUAUUUAAUCGCAAAGCUAUACUUCGAUGAUCUGCCAUAAACUUUUGGCUUCAAUAGUACAUGUAUUUUCUACAAAUGAUUUUGUUUUCUUUAGACAGAAUUGUAAACAAAAUUCAUUCACAAUUAACUCACAAGUUUCAGAAUUGUUAAAAAAUAUCGAUUUCAUAUUUAUUAUGUACAUGUAGAAGUAAUGGAAAAGAGAUAUUAAAUUGCUUUAUAUAAAAGUAAUCCUCUUGUAUUUACAAUCAUUUAAUGCCAAGAGUUUAUCACUUACAUCAUUCACUGAUGCACACAAGUCUCGCCACAAAUUAUUUUCCACUAUCACAUUCACAGAUGACACCUUAUUCAUUAAACAAAAUUCUUUUUUUUUCAUGCUCAAUUUUUUUUUGCAUAUUACCCAUGUUUCAUAUUACACUGUUGAAAAGCUUGUCUAAAGCUAAGGUUCUGGUUUUGAACUCUAAAUAAUAUCACAGUAUCAUCUCACACUCUGACCUUACAAAAGUGAAGGGAUAAUAAGUCUUUUUCUUUUUAUCUGUCGAUUCUUUGUAAAAACUGAAUUUUACCUGUCAAGAUAUACCGCGCCGUCUCUGAAUCAUGAUUUUAUAUUUCUUAAUAAGUGCCCUUACAAAUUUAGCUAAUGCAGAAAGUUAUUUGAAAAAAUUAUUUCAUCAUACUAUUUUAAAACCAUUCCAUUAUCAAGAUCGGUUUAUUCUACGAAAAAAAGAGAAGUGUUUGGAGUGAUACUUUUUUUUUCAAUUUGACACUUUUUGUUGAAAGCAGACCAAAUAAAACAUAUUUGUGAAGGAUUGGGGAAAGUCUAUCCAUGAGUAACAUUUGUUUUUAGUUUAAAUAUUGCAAUUUCACAUGCAGAGAAGCCAUUUUAAUGAAAUACAAUAUCUUAAAGAAAAAAUGAGUUUACUUGUGCAUUCAUUUAAUCAUCAUUUCAUACCCACUUUUAUCUGAAAAAUAUUUUCAGUCAUUGUAGGCCAUUAAACAAGGGAGUCUAUGAACUUUAUAUAACAUGCUAUAUGGAGCAGCUGUUUGUAUAUGAAAUCACAAUUUCAGGUUUAGAAAUUCAUAACUCGCUUUGAUGGAUUUUUGCCAAACAUUUACCAAUAUGUAUCUCUUCUUUAUUCCUGCUUUUAUGUAGACACCUUUGUUAUCAGGGUAAAAUUCCCCUGUAAGAGAACUCCUGAGGACAACCUGAGAGCCAUUAGUUGAAUAGCUAAAAAGGUUUUACCACAUCUCUACUUUUCUGAAUGGAGAAUGAAAACCCUGGAUAUAAAUCGAUUUGGUUGUACACAUGGAUGUAUUUUUUUAUUUAUUAUUGCUAAAGAAACAGCCUGUGUCCUUUAAUAGCUGAAGAUACUUGUAUGUCAUUGGAUUUGACAUACAACCCUACAUCUUUUAUUUAAGCAACAUUCCUGAUUUGGAAUCAUUGUGACCAAAUUUUGAAAGAACUUAAUAUCUAUCCUCUCCAGAGA